AUGGCCACAGCUCGUUCAGUGGCAAUAAUUGGUGGCGGAAUCGGUGGUUUGACUGUUGCUAAUGCUUUAAAACAGAUGGGAAUGUCUGUCUCAUUUUAUGAACGUGCGCCUUAUUUUAUUCCAACAGUUGCAGCAGCAUAUGGUCUUCAACCUUAUGGACAGAUUAGUGCUGCAACCGAUAAACCAGCUGACUAUGGAAAACGAUUUGGUUAUUUUAUUGGUGGCGCUCUUCGUUCUGAACUUGUUGAUACACUAAAAGAGCCUCUGGAAAAGAAUGUUCGAGUUGAUAUGGUUAUUGGUGCAGAUGGUAUACGUUCAACAGUUGUUAAACAAAUCUUUACUCAAACAGCUUCAGCAAUACAUUCAAAAGAAAAUAUUUUCUAUGGUAUCAUUGAUAAUAUUGAUCAACAAACUUCUAUUAAUCCAACAAAAACCGCAAAAAAUACAUUAACACAAUGUUUUAAUCAUAGAGAAUUUCUUAGUUAUCGAGUUGAUAAUACUGGACAAUUAAUGUGGGCUGCUACAUAUCCAUCAGUCACACCUCCAUCAGUAAGUGAUGAUGCUGAAUGGACAGAAACGAAUAGUCAACGUGACUUAAAUCAAUUGUUAACAAGAUUUCCUCAAUCACAUCCUGUUCAUCAAUGUGCGGCAGGAACAGAUAAGCAACGUUUAUUUCAUUUUGGCUUAUAUUAUCGUCAAUAUCGUAGCGAUGGUUGGCAUCGUAAUAGAAUUUGUUUAUUAGGAGAUUCAUGUCAUGCAACAUUAUCUUAUGUUGGACAAGGAGCAAAUAUGGCAAUUGAAGAUGCUACAUCACUUGCAAUGUUUAAAAAAAUUUAA